ACUAUCGCUGGAAAACAUGACCGCGAUGAAGAUGGAAAUGACAUAACGGCUAGAAAUAACCGAUGGUCAAAUAUUCCGCAAUUAAUAAUCAUACCAAUAAUCAUUAAGAAUCAUUGGAUCAGUUUCCGAAUCCGAAUCGACGAUAAUAAUGGUGCCGACAUUUUAUACAGCGACCCAUUUGGAAAUACUGAUUUAAUCAAAAACCUGAAAAAGAAUCGUCAAACACUGAAUAAAAUUACUGAGGCAUUGAAUUUACUUUGCGGUAAAAAUAUUAAGCUUACGGAGAGUUCUAAAUCAUUUAAUCAACAAGGUAAUGAUGGCUCGAAUUGUGGACCUAUUACUUUCGCGAAUAUUCAUGAUUACAUGAAAAUCGAAAUUCCGAAUUCAGAUUUACAAUCCGACGAGAAAUAUUCCAUUCGUGAGUUUUGUAAAGCUGGAAGUUCAUCUAUUAAAAAUAGAAGGGAGAAUGACAUAAAAAUUUAUACAGAAACGAUAAAGAAAUAUGGUAAGCUUGAAACAAAAAAUGAUAUGCAGCCUUCCAUUAAGAAAAGUAGCUCGUCAAUCAGUGAAUACGAGAAGGAAGAUAAUACCCAAUCAGUUAUAUCAGCUAAAGUUUACAGUCUAGAAAAGGUUCAAAAAAUAUUAGACGACCUGAACGCACAAAACUCAUUCCCAACCAGUACGAUGGCGAAACAAGAUCUGAGAGACAUACUAAACCAUUUUAUCACGUUGACCAAAAGUUCUCCGACUAAGAGCAAGAAGUCUCAGCAGCCAACAAAAGCAUUUAGCGAUUCUGUUGAAACUAUUAAGCGUCUAAUUAUCACAGAAUCAGAUUUCAACCCAACGAAAGGUUUAAAAGAUACUUUACACGGUUCUAUGUAUCAGAUAGAAUUGAUUACAUUGGUGGCUAUUCGCACUAAUAGAAGAGGAGAUAAUUUUGUGAUAGCAAGCGAAGUUAAAGGAUUUGAUAAAUUUGAUGACUUAAUUGUUAUCUCUGAAAGCGAUGCAAUUUACAUUCAAGUCAAGCAUUCAUCAACAAAAAAGGAUUACGAGGAAGAUAAUUUUUUUUCUGAUAAGCCAAAAAACACAAGAAGCAAUCCUUAUUUGUGGCUUUAUUUCGAUCACUGGCUGAAGAUAAAAAAUUCUGAAUAUUAUCUUGAAAAAUUGCGUGAUAAAUCUCAUCAAUUUAUAUUUUUUUCGAACUGUGGGGCAAAUAUUCGCGAUAUUUUGAUAGACAAGGACAACGCAAAACUAUCUCUUAAUCAUUUAUUUGAAGAUCUUGAAGGGCAUAGCUUCAAAUUUAAUAAACUUUCAAAGAAAUAUAAACCAGUUAAGUGUAUCUUCACUUACAUACAGACUGUAGCUAACAAGCUACUAAAAGAUUUAAAUAAUAUCAAGAAAAAGAAAGAAUUUGAAAAGUCUUUGGAACAUGCGUACUGUACGUUCCUGAAAGUUAAAAAUAUCCUUAUGGAAGCAAACAAGGACAUUGAUGAACAGAACAGUCGUCCUUAUAUCUUGAUAUCAGACAUGGCUAUAAUCGCAUCAGAACUUUCAAAUGAACCUUUGCGAAGUAAGCUACGUGAAGAAAUGACUGACGACGAGAAAAGUUAUUAUGAUAAAAAUAGCACUACAAUAAAAACAAUCAUGAACAACAUUAUGUUAGAACAAAUCCAUCAGUUUUUCGACGAAUUCAUAGUGAAGAUUAGUCAAUCCGAUACCGCACAAUUAAGAAAUUUGAUCUACGAAGAGAUCAGAUCUGAGACUGACAUAGCUAAUCUAGAAGUCCAUAGUAUGGUACGAGGGAAAAUGAUUGACUGGCUAGCAGAUAAAAGCUUGUGUGUGCUAAUGCCAAAUAAAUUUAAUGAAUUCGUGACCGCUCCCGAGAAUAAUGCACGUCGCUUUUUUUUACUAAAGUACACUCAAUCAUUUAUUUCUGAAUAUGAUGAACUGGUCCAAGGUCACAAAAUAAACACUUCAAAAAUCGAAAUCGAAAUCGAAGCUUUAAAAGAAUUCUUAAUUAAUACCAAUCGUAACGAUUUAGUCAUGUUGCUUUAUGGGGUGGGUGUUAAACUAAGAAUAUAUUGGACUUUAAAGUCAAUGGAUAACUACUCUAAACUCGAUGAAUGGUCAUUCUUGGAGAUAUCUUUUAAAUCGAUGAUGCAAGGAAUGCUUCCGAAAAUUCUUCAAGGUGUCACUUUAAAAUUUGUAAUUAUUGAUUGUCGUUUACAAAACAAGUCACCAUCUGAAGUGCUAGUAUUACUAGAAAAGGUACUCCACGCAGCCUUUACUAAUAACAAAAAAAUUAUUCUAAUAAUAAAAGCAGAUGAUCAAAAGGAAUACCGCGACAAAAUAAGUGACAUGGAUAGAAAUUUAAAAGCAGAUAGUGAUUCAAAACCUCUUAACAUAGUCAAUGAAGAGUUAAAAGAAUUAUCAUCUAACAAGUUGAAAUUGCUAUAUGAAAAUCAUAGUGAAAAGUAUAUGUAUUUGGCCGGUAAAAAUUAUCUUCUGUUCAAAAUUCUUCAAGAUGAAUCUAGCAAUUUAUAUGAAUUUAUUGCAGACGUAGAUAAUAUUACUGCAGUAAUGAAGGAACUAAAUGAACAAAAAUUUGAACAUCCUCUUGCUAGUUGUCUACCUUACAAGGUCUAUCUGAAAAAUCAGAUCAUAAAGAUGAUACCAAUCUACGCAUUGCGAAAUGUAUUAGAAACGAAAGACUUAUCACUCCUUAUAUUUGAAUGUAAAGUGGAUUUUGAGCGCUUGAAAAAAUUACUCAAUGGAUGGUUUAACUUCGAAGAAAGAAAGCAGUUUACGAGUAAAAUAAGAGAAGCUCGUCAGAAUUCCGAUAUCAUUUACAUUUUGUCAAGGCAAACAUGCGACAUUGAUUCAACACUACUAUAUACCCCUAAAAAGAAAAGGGUCAUGAUUUAUGUGGGUGAUUUUAAUUCCUUAACCGGAGAACAUAAGGACCUGAACCACAUCGUCGUUAAACUGAAAAAUCCAAAUAAAUUGAAUAAACAUCACAAAUGGUCUAUCAAUAAGGAAGAUAAUACCGAUACUAUUAAACUAGACAUAAUUGGACGUAUCCCAGUUUUUAUUACAGAUUACUCAAAAGAAUUGCAAUUGCCACCUGCAAGUGAAUAUAUCAAUCAGUGCGAGGAAGAGUACUCCCUUCCAACAAUAUUACCUAAAAAUAAUAAUUUCGUAAUUUUAUCUGCGGAUGCUGGUUUUGGCAAAACUGCCUUAUUAAUUAAUAGAAUAAAUGAAUGGGCUGGCGAUGAAAAUUUAGAGUCAAUUUUAUCAUGGAAAUUAUACGUGCAUUUACCCAGCCAAAGAUUUGAUGAUUUUCAAGAUCUCCAGACAUUCGUUAAAAAAUUAGUCAGGGAUUUUACCCUAAAAGAUUGGCAAUUGAAGGCUCUAUUAAAUGACAUGGAAAAAGAAGAUCGCGUUGAAUUAUUGUUUGACGGAUUAGAUGAAAUCAAAGACGAAAAUAAAAUUAUCACUUUCAAUAAAUUGCUUACCGAAAUUUCAGAUACGACGGCAAUUGUAAUUACUACUAGACCAUACGCUGCUUAUAAAGUGGAUAAGCCAAUAAAGCGAAACCUUGGGCUCUACUUAACCCUUGCGAGGUACACAGAUGAACAACGCGAUAAAUAUAUUAAAAUGAUGAUUCCUAAAAUUCUAAACGAAGGUGCUAUGCAUUCAUUUAUGCGUGAUACGCGUAUGACUGAAAAAAAAAUAGCCAAAAUAGCUAACAAUUUAUGUGAACAUAUUGAUCAGGAGAUCAGCAAAAAGGUACAGCAUCUAAUAGGUAUACCUCUAGAAUGUUAUAUAUUUUGUGAAACGAAAGCCUCAAAGAUUAUAAUUUACGGCACUGAUUGCAUAGACAACGGUGACGAAGCUCAGGAAGAAAAAUCUUUAAAAAGUACAUCAGGUCUCUAUCGAGAAUUUUUGUUCACGAAAUUAAAAGUGUUUACUGAACGCUAUCUAAAUAUAUCAUUAAACAACGAUUUGAAAGAUAGAAGCAGAAUUUAUAAUGUCUCAUCUAACUAUAUCAUAAUUUUAGCCGUUUUGGCGUUUAAGCAAGCCUUUCAGUUAUCCUCGAACUUUGUACAUUCAGCUCUUGCUCGAAGUUAUUUCACUAAGGAAAUGCUGAACAAACUAAAACAUACCGGACUUGUCACUGUAAGCAAACAUGCAGACGAAGGCUUUGCAGGUGGGGGCCGUUGCCUGAGUCUCAAUUUUAAUCACGCAACAUAUCAAGAAUAUUUAGCCGCUUUAUAUCUACUAUAUGGGCUAAUUUUAGAUGAUGAACUCAGGAGUAUUGUGCAAUGCCAAAUCAAGAAUAAUCGGUAUGAUCCUAGCUACGCCCUGAUAUUAUCAUUAGCAGCUCAAUUAAGCAUAGAUGAAAUUGAAGUUAUCCCAGGUUUUGCUGCUGACAAGCAUGCAAUUUUAUUUUGGAAAGCGUUAUGUGAUGAAGCAGACAUCUUAGGAGCAGCAGAAAGUAAAUUGCUGCAAAAGUGCUUAUAUGAAUUUUCGGACAAAAUGGUUACAACUUUAAUAAAGAUUGUAAAUAGUACAAGUUGCUAUAAAAAGAUAAAGAAAGAACUCGGCAAACGUUCGAAAAAAUACUUACGAGAAUUGGAGGAAUUUAUUAUAACAGAUCAAAGUAACAUCCCUCAACCGAUGAUCUUUGAUGAUUCUAAAUCUGAAACUGAAAGCUUAUCGACAGUCGAAGAUAGUGAUAUAAAAAAAUUAAAAAAUAAAAAUGUAGUAAUUGAAUUUACAAAUGACUUACAGCAAUCCAAGGGAUCUGAUUAUGUUGCAAGAGCAUUUGAAAUAAUUAUCAAAGAAAAAAUUAAGUCAGACCAUGAUAAAGUAAAAUCUGAGGACUAUUGGGGAAUGGAUGGAGGUUUUGAAGCAAUGGCAUUACUCGGCGACAGUUUUAAUAAUUGCCAUGCUCAGUAUUUCAUAAAAAGAGUCGAUAACUACCCGGAGCAUCGCUGGAGCAAAGCUUGUAACGCUAUCGAAUCAUUACUAAAAUACUGCACAAAACCAAACGUAAAAGCUGAAUGCGUCAACUUGAUAGAAUGUUUAGCAAAGCAUGCGUUAGAGUAUGAUAGUCCUGAGCGUUUAAUCCCUCUAAUAAAAGCUGUACGUUCAGAAAUUUUUUUAUCUUUUUCUCAAUUAGAAGAUCAAAUUCGGGAACUGCCUGAAUAUUCUAUACCUAAUGAAAUCCAUGGUAGGCCCUAUCAACAAUUUAUACUAAAAUUUACUUUUGCAUUGUGGAUAUCGAUAAAGAUGACCUACGCGGUAAUAAAGUCAAAAGAUACUCACGAAAUUAUCAUUAAGGAAGAAAAAGUCAAAAAAAUAAAAAUAGAUCGGGAUAAAGUGCAUGUAUGGAAUCUUAUAGAAAAUGUCAUUGAUGAGUUAGCAAAUCAACCCAACGAAGACAGUAAAGCAAGGCUGUUGAUUAAUACCAAAAGAUGGAAAUGUUUGAUUUAUGAAGGCCUCGUUGAAAUGGCGAUAAAGAAUAAAGACUAUUCCGCACUACAUGAUGAGACGUUCAUUGACAUUGUGGUAAAAGACUAUCAUAUAGUAGCUAAUAUUUUGAAAAUUUAUCAUGAGCACAAGUUGAUUGAUGGUGAAGUAGCUGCAAGAUUAUCAACAUUUAUCGUCAUUAUAAAUGAUAUUAAAAGUAUACAAUGGCCAAUUAAAGGCGGCAUUGAAGCAAUCGCUUACGUUGGAAAACAUUUCAGUCCAGCGUUUGCAAAUUUCUUAACAUGUAGAGCAAAAAGUUAUCCAAAUAAUAAACGUAAAGCAGCUGCUUCUCUCAGAAAUCUUAAACAAAUAUUACAAAAUUGUAAUGACGACGAGACCUACAGAGAUGCAGUAAAUGCUUAUAAUUGGUGCCGACAGCAGAAUAUCUUUAAAGAUCAUAAUUUAGAACCGAUACAGUCUGAGAGUUUAAAUUAG